UGCCAACCGCCAUAGAAAUUUCAACCACAAGAAGAAGAAGAAAGCAUGGCAGUAGAAAUCAACAGUAAAACUUGCAGUUCUUUACCAUAUUAGUAGAAUAUACAAUUGACCAGUAGCCUAGCAUUAGGCAGUAACUCACCGUUUUGAGUAAGAUAAUAUAGGACAUUAAUUAUUAAGCAUCCAGACGACAACUACUCUUGGUAGGAACCCAUGUUACAUACUGGAAUCUCCUUGCAGAACUGAUCAUGGAAUCCUUAGAUGAACAUUUUAACCUGGAGGAUGAAAGCGAGUCCUCAGAUGACAGCUCUAGAAAUAGACACAAAUCUAAGCUCCCACUGGCCAGCCCUCUGUGUGCAGAGACCAAGUUUGAAAGCGGCUUUCAGAAGACAGGCAGAAUUUGUCUUGAGCAUAUCCGAGAAGCGAUGCUGCAUCAUAAAUGGCAGGAGGCUGCAGAGUACAUGGCCAGUUACACCCAGAUGUUAGAGGACAGAAAACGCCGUUCAACAAGUAAAGAGCUUGUUUGGAGACUCAGCAUCGAGAUACUUCACCACCUUUCCAACUCAACAGUGAAGGACUACAACAUCAUCUAUGAACGGAUGAAACACUCAGGAGUGAAAGAUUAUCUGACAAUUUGCCUGGAACAUUCUUUCCACCUGAUGCUUCACGGUCAGAUUGAGGAAGCGAAGCAGCAGCUGUCCGUCGCUGAGAGCUGGAGAUACGGGAAAGAGUCCAUUUCUCAGCAUCAGCGAGUUAAACUGAUUCAGGCAUACAGAAGCCUGUUGGAUUAUAUGAUCUGGUGUGACAAAAAAUACACACUCACCAAAAACAAUUCAAUUGAAUCUGACAACCAAGGAAUGCAGACCCUCUUCAGACAAGCCUCUGUCAAUUUUAAAGAACUUUUAAGAAACCCUGGAGUCUGGGAUCCCUUCGUUCUUAGUUAUGUUGAGAUGCUGGAGUUUUAUGAGGAUUACGAGGAGGCUCUUAAUGUCUUGAACGACUACGCGUACGACAACAGCUUUCCCCCAAAUCCCAAUGCACACGUCUAUAUUUACCAGUUCCUCAAGCGACACAACGCUUCUGAGAAGAAACUGGUGAAAGUGUUAAAGAACCUCCAUCUAUUAGUGCCAAGCCAUGAGCUGAUGUUGGAGUACAGCUUUCUCUUGCUUCAAUCAGAGAGAACCAGUGAUUUUCGUAAAGCUUUCGCCGUCCUCCUCGACAUGCUCGACUUCGCCUGCUGGAGGAGCAACCUGGACGUGUGGAAGUCUUUACAGGACGCCAUUCACCAACUGCUUUCACAGAAUGAAGGGCAGAUGAUCAUUCAAGACUAUAUGGCUUUAAGAAAAGACUGGUGGCCCAAGUUGCAUUUCACAAGGUCUCAUGCAAAGAAAGACUCGGAGGAGAACGCCAAACUUUUGGAGGUCAAGGCAUCGCUGGCAGAAAUACUUUGUCCAGGUCGAGCCCUGAGGUACACCGCUGAGCCAUUGCCGACAUGAGUGGGAUUGUUGGCAUGUAAUGGAAAACCCCAAGUUCAACUUUCCUUUUCUUUUUAUAAUGUUUCUUUUUAGAGCAAGACCUCUUACUUCUAUCACCACUGAAUUUUAAGGUCAAGAUUAAGAAAUGUCACGUUUACCCUAUAAUGUCCUAAACAGUUCUCUUGUUUUCUAUUAAUUUUGCCCUGAACUCUUUAUUUUGCAAUAAAUAAAAAGAACCACAGUGUGGCGCCAU